AUGGCAUCGCCAUCCCCUUGCCCUGCGGCUUUACAAUCGAAAUUAUUACAAAUUAGAAAACAAAUUCAGGAUGAACAUAAACAAACUGAAAAGGAAAAUUUAUUUAAUCCUUUAAUAUCACCAGGUCCUGCAUCAAUUGUAUUAUUGAAUAAUUCACAAAUGACAGAAAAUAAUAAUCAUUUACAAAAAAAGAAAAAAUUAAAUAAUUCGGAUAAUGAAACAAGUGAUAUACAACAACAAGAAAUACCCAAUACUAGUAAUAAUUCACAAAGAGGUAUGUUUGCUGCUGCUGCAUUGAAUGCUGCUGUUACGAGACCUUUACCAUUGAAAAGAGGUAACUUACAGCAACAACAAUCAAGAUCAUUAUCUUCUGGUAGUAAUAGUAGCAGUAAUAAUAAUGAUCAUGAGAUAUCUCAGUGGGCGGUUGAAAAUAGUUAUGUUGUUUCUAAAAAUGAUAAUAUAAUUACUUGUAAAUGUGGUGUAAAUAAUAAGCUGGAUCCAAUACUUUUAUCUAGAGAUAAUUUAGUUCAAUGUAAUCAUUGUCAUAGAUGGCAGCAUAUGAAAUGUUAUGGUUUAAAAAAUAAAUUAGACAUAUUACCAACAAAAUUUUAUUGUAAUAAUUGUAAACCUGGAUUAUCUUCUGAAUCAUAUAAGAUUAAUAAAAAAAUUAAAUUAUUACAGAAACAACAAAAGGAAAAAAUUAGUAAUUUAAAUUUACAAAUACAGAUACAAAUACAAAAACAAUUAAACUUGAAUAUUCUUAAUAACGAAAAAUUAAAAAAUAAAAAUAAAAAUAAUAUAAAUAUUAGUGAGAAUGAACCUUUACAAACGUCUAGUGGUUUACAUUCACCGUUAAAUAGUGAUGACAAAUAUAGUCCCACACAAUCACCACCUUUAUUAAAAACAGAAUUGAUUCAAUCGAGAUCAAAUUCAGAAACUAGUCAGGAACCCCUAGAGACUUACCAAUAUCGUGAUAAAUAUAUUAAAUUGUUUGUGGAGGAUCAUUGCAAUGAUGAUUGGGUAGUUCAAAUUAAUAGAAAUUUGGAUGUAUCACAAGAUUCCAUUGAGAGUAAAUUAGUUGAUGAAAAAACUAUGGGUGUGUUUGCAAAAAAACCGUUUGCAAAUAAAAGUUAUAUUAUGGAAUUCCCAGGUAUGAUUGAUUUCCAAAAAAAUUACAUUGAGAAUCCAGAUAAUCAAUAUAGAAUAUGGGCUACAACACAACCAGAAGUCAUAUUUCAUCCACAUUGGCCAAUUCUAAUUGAUGCUAGAGCAGUUAAUGGCAACAGUCCUAAAAAUUGCAUCAAAUACAUAAGGAGGAGUUGUUAUCCUAAUGUUGUUAUGAGUACAAUCAAGAUUCGAUCUCAAGUCACUAAUAAGAUUGAGGUUUAUUUCAUGAUCAACGCUAUCAGGGAUAUUAAAGUUGGUGAAGAAUUAUUGAUCGGAUGGCAAUGGGAUCUAAGACACCCAAUAUCAAGAGUACUACAUGAUAAGAAUGCUGUCGAUCAUAUGAAUGAUAUGGAUAAGUUAUGGUUGAUCCAUGCAAUAGAUAUCAUUUGGCAAACAUGUCAAUGUGGUUGUGGUGAUGAUUCCCAAUGUAUGCUCUUACAAAUUAAAAAGUAUGCGGAUUCAUUUCUUAGCGGUCUUAAACAAAAGAAAAAGCGUAUAGGUGUUAAAUAA